AUGGCGCUUGGCAUCCCGCAUGUUGUGAACAACGCGUACGGCGUGCAGAGUCGCGUGAUUAUGCGCCGCCUUGACGCUGCGAUACGCUUGGGCCGCGUUGACGCAGUGGUGCAGUCGGGGGACAAGAACUUCCUCGUUCCUGUCGGCGGAGCGGUUCUGAGUGGCAAGAAGAGAGUGGUGGCCCGUGUUGCCGAGAUCUACGCGGGCCGUGCGAGCAUCUCGCCCGUUGUCGACCUCUUCAUCACCGCACUGAGCCUCGGCCACGAGGGCUUCAAACGCCUUUGGGAGGAGCGCUACUCCGUGCGGGAGCUGCUUGAGCAGGAGUUGAACAGUUUCGCGCUAGCGCGUGGCGAAGUGGUUCUCACAGAGGAUGUGGAAAAGAAGAAUGUGGUGGAAGCAGCAGCAGUUGCUGCGGCUUCAGCUGCCGCUGGAGUGCAGGCCAUAACGGGUGGGUACCCACGCAAUGACAUCAGCUUUGCAGUGACGAUGCGAACACUGGGCGGUGCAGCGGAGGCGGAGGCAGUUGGCGCCCGUCUUUUCCGCAGUGCCGUGACGGGGCCGCGUGUUGUGGUGCCGAAAGCAGCGGAGACGCACUUGUGCGGUUUGUCGUUCCGCAACUACGGCAUGCACACCGACGAGACGCCGCCGUGCCCGUUGCUUGUUAUGGCCUGCGGUAUCGGUAUGACAAAGGAGGACGUUAGCGGCGUCAUUGGUCAACUGGAGAAGGCCUGGCCCGCAGGCGCAGUACAAGGACACAGGGAAGGAGUUACCGAGAAGGUGGGGAAUGGAGCGUAG